ACAACAUUCGAUUCUACACACAAACGACAGCAUUCGUACAAUUACAAGCAUAAGCAUUUUCGUUCGCUAGCGUCGCACGCUCGAGCAUUUCGCAAUGCAGCGCCUGUCGUCGCGAGCUUCGCGAGGCAUUCGUUCUUCGCUGAAGCUCCUCCGCCAUGCGCCGCCGUCGCCAGCAUCUCCUGCUGCUUCCCCUUCUUCUUUCGUGCCCAGAUGCUGCUUCGCUGUGUCGACUCUGCAAACGCGGUCGAACCUCCAAAAGACGCAGCGGCCAGCGAUCCCGGGGGAUUUCUUGAGAUGGGCUGCGCUCGGCUCCUGCAGAGCGUCGAGAUUCGCCACCGGGUUCGCGCCGCUGGAGCCCAAGCCGUUGGAUUCGAUCAUGGACGUGGGGAGAGUGAAGGACCGGUCGGCCGAGGAGAUAGCCUCGGUUUGGGACGAUUAUCACCUUGGGCGGGGUCAUGUUGGCACCUCUAUGAAGGCAAAACUUUAUCAUCUGCUAGAGCAAAGAUCAGUUGAUUGCCGAUAUUUUGUCAUUCCUUUAUGGAGAGGAAGUGGUUAUACGACGAUGUUUGCUCAAGUACAAAUGCCCCACAUGCUUUUCACCGGUCUUGAAGAUUACAAGGCAAGAGGAACUCAAGCAUCUCCUUACAUGACUGUCACUUUAUACACGGAGUUCGCAGAGAGCAAGGACUUGGUUCUUAUUCGUGGAGAUGUUGUGUUCACAAGCAAGCUGAGCGAUUCAGAGGCAAAAUGGCUUCUGGAGACAACCCAGUCCUUCUAUUUGAACGACACGAGGUACAGGCUGGUUGAGCGGUUCAACAAACAGACGCGGGAUUUCGAAUUCAAGGAUGUUUUGCAAGCAUUGGACAUGCCCACUCUGUAAUCUCCCUUUGCAGAGGUGAUAUAUGGUACUGUGACUUUGAAUGUGGACUCCUGAGACAGAGGAAUCUUUUUCAAGCGGCCGUAGUGAUAAAGUCAAGUCAUCGACUGAAGAUGACUUAGGAAAUCGUCAAUCUGAUUCGUGAGUCGAUGCUGACUGGUUGACGGUCGCUGUUGAUGAUUCUUGAGCAAACAUAUACAUGCAACAAGUGAUUUCGAACAGGGCGUUUAAGAUUUUGA